AAGCUGACACACACUCACGCACACUCGCGCACGGUUAGACAUGCGCGCGGAGCAUCAUCCGCCCACAAUCACAGAGAACAAUCAGUCCUCUGAUAUAUGCCACAGUCUCUUCCUUCUAAGUUUCACACUGUCUCUGAACCAACAGGGCUCUGAACAUGGACUUCAUCGACACUCAAGAGAUGCAGAUUCAUGAGGAGAAAGAUUACGAUGAGGCAGCAGGUGUGGGGGAGAUCUGACUCUGUGUGUGGGCCCGUGAGCGGGACACAGAGCUGGAGAUGAGGACUUUUAUCUCUGUGGGUGGAGGCGCUGAUGGAGGGGACUCCCGCGGCCUCCGCAGCAGGGUGGCACUGGGCAGGAUGAAGAAGCUGCUGUGGACCAGCCCAGUGGACACAUCCACACGGACACGGAGCCCGGCGUGUGGCUCACCAGCUUCCAGUCACUGGACACGGAUGGGCAGCUCGAGACGUUGGUAGUGGGAUCCUACCUCAUCGCCCAUGGCUUCUUCAGCGUGUACGCCAUGUGUGGACACACUGUUCCUCUGCUUCUGUGAGGACCUGGAGAGAAACGACGGCUCGUCAGACAGGCCUUACUUCAUGUCGCCCGAGCUGCACGACAUCCUCUCCGAAACCAAGAGGGUGGAGGAAGACCACGAUGGGGUCGAGCAGGGUGAUUCUGCUGAUCCUGCAAAGCCAAUGGAUGAGGUGAAACUGGAGGAGGAGACCCCUCUUCAGCAACAAGACGGAGAAAUCCAACUGAAACAGCAGACGGUGCUCAAGCAGGAAAACGAGGAGGAGCAGCCUCUGCAGGCCACGACUGAUACCGAAGAGCCACAACAGGAGAACAAAGAAGAAGAAAAAGUCAGUCAGGUUGAGGAGGCUGAAAAGAAAGAAGAAGCAGAGGUGAAAGAAGAGGUGGAAAAGCAGGAGGAAAACACCGAGGAGGCGCCACCUCCCGCUGCGGAGGCUGAGAAAGAGGAAUCUUUGGAAGAUAGUCCUCCUUCUGCACCACAGGAGUAAACAGUAAUGCAAGGGCAAAUAAAUAAGGUUAACCUCAAAAAGUACUGUAUCUACAACGUGAUGUGAUGUGGGCAUGUUAAAUGUGCGGCAUACAACAAAAGCUAAAUAUUUCCGAUGUGACAGCUUGGAGGUCAAAGAAGGUCAAAAGCCCAGUUGCAUCUCUGUAGCUUGAACAAAAAAACGCUCUCUUGUGUUGGUUUUAGAACAGUGUUGGUUUUUAUAUAUCGUGAAGAUCUGUAGAACUUUGUGAGUGCUGAACCUGUGCCUGAUUGCUGUCUCUGAUAUUUGUUGUCUUAAUCCUGUUAAAUGAUGCACUGCAGAACCACUACGUACCGUGUUUACAGCCGGAACACACUCAUGUCAAUCGAUGGUGAAUCUCUUUCACUGUUUACAAUAAUACCAGCUGACCAGCCAAAAUGUUACAGACAUAUUUGAUAGACUGUAUGAAUAUUGGAUCUUUUUUUUUUCCUAUGAAAUGUGUAUAUAUACAGUAGUGUUCUUCAAUUACAAAUUGUUUCAGCUUCAGUCUUGUAGAGAUCCAAGAUGGGAUCCGAUGUAUUGUAUUGCCACCUACUUGCCUUGGUAUUUUUGACUGAUGUAAGUGCUGUUAGUGUCGCCAUGACGCAGCCUCUCUUUGGACCCCCCCCCCCCCCCCCAAAAAAAUGUUUACUAACCCAACCUGCAUUGCUCUGUCCCUCUGUCUCUCUGCUGCAUGGUGUUGACAUGGCCUUCUGAAUGCUUGCAACUAGCAUCUCAACUCUAUGGAUGCUUUUGUACACUUUGUUUCUCUUUUGUCGCCUUGUGAAAGAUGUAAGUUACUGAUUGAUGACAUUCCAUAUUUAUCGGAUGUAAAUCUUGAUUAAACGUGAUUGUAUUUAAUCACAGUCAGUCAUUCUGUUGUGGGUAAUCAUGAGCUUGAAAAUGGUUUGGCGUUUGGAAGCAAGUGAGUUUUCAUGAACACAAAAAGUCAGCAACACAUUUGUAUUUGUCUUAAAGGGGAUCCCCAACAAUUUGACCAGUUAAGGGUACUUGACUUGCCAUGGAGAGUACUGAGUCUGUAAAACUGUUUCUAAAAGGUUUUGAUGCUUUGGGGAGGCUUUUAUAAACCUUAGAAAUAAAGAAAAGCUAUUUGAAAGCCGUGAAUAUUUGCUAACAUUCAGAUUGAGACGCAUUAUGGGACGCAUAGUAUACUGGGUUUUUUAAACUUGAUCCAUAUUAGGGACUAAAACCAGGAUAUCUCUGCUGCAAUGACUAAGCAGUGGUUUGGAGCUUUUUGGCUUGUGAUCCUUUAAAAUGAAACUACUUGUGGCCCCUUAUCGCUGGUUAUUAAUCUUAUAAAUUCAACCAAAGAAUAAAAAAAAUUAAUUCUAAGAAGGUAGGGUCUUUAGAUACUGAAAGAAGGAAAACGAGAAAAAAAAUAUUGUUUCUAAUAGAAAUUAAUACUUCAAGUUCAAAUAUAUUUGGGCCCAGGUUAGGAACUACUUAAUAACUGGGUUAUCCUCUUACUUUGACCCAUGACAUCACUAUAGCAUGUGGUUACAGGCGGGUCCAAUAGGGCGGGCUAAAACACUGCCUAACUGAUAUUAAAUGACUCUUUUAACUGUCUCUCGUUGGUCUCCUUACUUUGUAAGGUGCAAUGUUAAGAUAAUAAUAACUAUUUAUGUUAUGUUUCUCGACAUAGGUGUCAUUAAUGCUAGGGACUCUGGGUAAGAAACUUUUGACCCAUUUUGAGAAAGUUUAUUCUUGUCCAAGUUUUCCAUUCUCUCUAUGAGCAUGACAGCCACGCUGUUGAGAUGACUUUGCGACAUUGAAGAGGGAAGCCAGGUUUGUCAGGCUUCUCAAAGUUGUUGCUAACAAAUGUUAAGCCUUUAAGCCUACACUAGUUGUGGUCUGAAAAAAGGGUACCCACCACUUUUUUUAAACAUGACGUUUCUGGAGUUACUUGAAAGGCAAAAGAGAUUAUAGAGAGCCGAGGCAUGGAAAAGUUAAAUGACUCUACCGAAUGUUGUUCUUCAACUGCUUCUGCUCAUGUCACAGUGGAGGAUCUGGAGCGCAACGAUGGAUCAGCAGAGAAGCCGUACUUCAUGUCCCAGAACCUGCUUAGCAUCCUAAAUAAGUCCAAUGAAGAGGUAAAAUCUGUAGACUAGGUCACGUUGUGUGUGUGUGUGUGUGUGUGGGUGUUUGUGUGAUGGAAAUAACAACAAAAGAAGAGCGCCAUUUCCUGUGUUACAUUAUGUAUGUAUGUUUGUGUGUUGCUGCCAAAUGAGAUUCAUUAAUGUUUAUGGAUGAUAAUAUUGAUCCUUUAGGAUUUUGUUACAAAGCCUUAAGUUCAUUGCCCGCCUGCAUUUGCCCAACAAGGAGGAUAUACAUCAGAAGGAAUAUGAGACUUCCCUUUCAGAUGAAAUAUUGUUAAUUUAGGCAAUAGUUGGCCUUAAUGUACAGUGUGAAGGAUUGUUGGGGAUUUAUUGGAGGGAAUGGAAAUAGUAUUCGCUUUCAUGUUUUCAUUAGUGUAUCACUUGAAGCUAAGAUUCCUCUUCAUGGAGUCAGCUAUGUUGCACCACCAUGUUUCUAGCUCAGAAAGGACAACCCAAACUCUGACUCUAGAAAGGGCCGUUCAGGUAACUGUAGUUCCCCUAGUUAUGUAAUAGGAGGGGUGGGGGAGCGGUAUUCAGACUAUUUCCAUCUGCAACCUCACCGCUAGAUGCCACUAGAUCCUAUAAACUGUUCAUUUAAAAAGAAGAAAAAUCAGUUUUUGUUGUACAUUUUGUUCAUUGUUUUUGUCACUGUGUGUAUUCUGUCAUCAAGUUGAUGGGAUGCUUUGAAAGGUCCAGUGAGAUACAGUUGAUGGCAGGUAGCAUGUAGAUACACGUGUAAAGCUCUGCUUACUAAGUAUAUUGCACUGUUUGUUAUUAGCACACCAAACCAAAGUUGCUCAACGCAGGCUAAUAAAAGCUAAGUAUGUUUCUCAAAGCCUUAAGAGAUUACAAAUGAACCAAGUGAUUUUACUUGGACUUGCAGUCUUCAUUUCUAUGGACCUAUGUUGUUUUGUGUUCAUAUAAAACAUAUCUGUAAUGAAUUUGUAAAAGUUGUUCUUUUUCAUUUUGUUGUAAACUAAUUGUAAUUUCUUCAGAAAUUAAUAAAAUCUUAAUAAAAAUG